AGUUUUUAUAUGAUAAAACAUGACAACUCUAUAUGAAAGGCUAGGCCUAUCGACGUGAAAAGUAUAUUGUCAAAUAAUUCGCAAGAUCUCACAAAUUCUGGGAAGAGCCACACCAUUUAAUUAGGGCAAACGAGGUCACUCGUGAGCAGUUCUACAAUCCACAUGACCAAAAUUAGUGACAUUUCGAAUGAGAGGCUUGAUCUUUUUGAAGAUCAGAUUUCGAUGGGAAUUGUUCAACCGGAUGAUGCCAUAGCCUAGGGCAGGCCAUGUCAAUCUGUGAUAAAGAAAAGUGUUAUUGUAUCCUUUUGGGUUUGUAUAACCUAAACUCCAGGACUGCUUGUUUGUGCUUGUAGCCUAGUAUAAUUUUAACCUGCAUCGGUGCAUUUAGCUUCUGGACUGGGGUGUAGCAUUCGAUUUACUUUGGCUACGUAAUUUAGGCCUAGGCUACACGUUUAAUUUAGCUUAUGAUUGAUUUAGCCCACAUACCCCCUCCCUUUUUUUAUGGCUAUGUGGGGCUUCUAAGGAGGUCGAGGAGGUUCUACGACUAUCGGUCAAAAUGCGGUGGGGAAAAAGAGGGGGCGCCGCAGAGUUCAAUGCAUUUUAAUGAGUGAGGACUGCCUAUCUGCAGACCACUCUCCUAAACCGACGCCGUCAUGUCAAACAACACCGCGAACAGCAAUUUGGUUACAGCGCAAAAAGCCGUCAAACAACUACGGCUGGAAGCCAGCGUCCGCAGGAUCAAGGUAUCACAGGCUGCUGCCGACUUGAAGACUUUCUGUCUGCAAAAUGCACAUAAAGACCCUCUACUGAUGGGAGUUCCGUCUAGCGACAACCCAUUUCGCCCUCCAAAGUCCUGCGCUCUUUUCUGAGUAAUCCUGGGGGUGUAAAGCUUGCUGAAAUGUUUCUGAUUACCCUUCCGCUCCCCCACACCUCUCUCCCCACUCUCACCCAAUGCUGGAAGAUUUGGAAAAUGCAUAAAGAAAGUGAACGUGGGGGCAUCUCUACUCUUGAGACAACACACGAAGAAAGUGGUAAUGUGGGGCCAUCUAUACUCUUGAGACACCACAUGAAGAAAGUGGUAAUGUGGGGCCAUCUAUACUCUUGAGACACCACUGUAUAGUCACUCCACUCUGUACCAUGUUAAGACGAUAUUAUUGUCAUGAUGAAGUUCCACUUUUAUGCUUUUGUCAUGUUACAUUUGUUGUUGUUGUUUUUUUAAAACUAAGUUUUCUGCAGUGAAAUGUUUCACAUCACACUGUCAUGAUACUUUAUCUGCAUUGUUAAGGUUUGGUUCUUGUAUUUUCAUCAAGAGCAGUGUAGAAGGGCAGCCUUUCCCAGAGAAUUCCUAUCUUUUUCCAUGCAAGCACCCUCUUGAUACUAGAGGUAUGAUUUUUAUAUCUUCUGUGCUAAUUGUGUUUAUCUGUCAUUUCACACAAUUCUGUUAAACUUUUGCACAAGCAUCAAAUAUAUGGAGUGGGAAAUUGCACACAAAAAACUGACUAUUUGUACUGAGAAGAUUGUGCCAAUUGUGCAAAGGAGUUGAGGCAGAUUGUCAGACACUUGAGAAUAAAGUAUCAUUCUUCUUG